ACACACACACACACACACACACACACACACACACACAGCUGCUCGGAACCAUGACAGAAGAUGACGGAUUCAGUUGUCGCGGAGGGACAAGUCAAGUUUAGAGAUGGAAAAAAGUGGAAGACUCGGUGGGUCGUUCUUCGCAAACCCUCUCCGGUCGCAGACUGUCUCUACCUGCUGGUGUACAAAGAGAAGAAAAAAGGGAAGGAGAAGAGCAUCGGCCACAAGGAGAGGCUCAAUGUGACUCUAGAGGGGAUCUGUGGUGUGGAACCAGGGACUGGCUAUGAGGGAGUAUCCUACACCCUCUCCAUACUUUGCCUUACGCACACACUAGUUUUGGGCUUUAACAGCCGAGAUGCCCUGCAGGCCUGGGAUUCCCGAGUCUGCUACAGUCUGGGAGAAGUCCACAGGUUAAGCGUCAAUGUCGAGCCGGGCACCAAACUUGAAAGUGGCCCUGCCUCUCUCCACCUGUGCAACAACCUGCUGGUACUUUCCCGAGGCAUCCCUCCUGUUGUCAUUGGUCACUGGAAGUUGUCAGCAUUACGUCGAUAUGGUGCCGUGCCAAAUGGGUUUGUGUUUGAAGGGGGAACUCGUUGUGGAUACUGGGCUGGUGUUUUCUUCUUGUCCUGUUCAGAGGGAGAACAUAUCAGUUUUCUAGUUGACUGCAUUGUCCGGGGCAUUACUCCCAGCCGGGCCCCUCAUGGCCUGCGACCUACCCUGCCAGCAGAUCCCGAUGCCGACCCAGCGUCAGCUGAGAAACGGAUCAGCCUUGAGGCGUCAGAGCUGGAGAAAAGACUCAGCAUGUUGUCUACCUGCAGCCUAGCGAGCAGCACAUCUUCAACAUACAGCUGCAGUACAUCUGUCGCUGGUGAUGACCAAAGCAGCAUCUCCAGCUCCUCUUCCAGCCAAUCAGAGGCAAGCUAUGGAAGCAGACUUCCAUUUUGGGUUGAGCCAUUAACUAGACCGCACCUCUCCAAUCAGACAGCAUCAGGCUCUCCUACUCCGCAGGGUUUGACCAGUUCCGAUGACCGGCUCUAUGCUGCUGUGAUGGGAAACUCCAGGACCCAUUUAUCCUCCACCCAGCUCCAUCCUCGGGGUCUCCAUGAUAGUGGACGGCAAAGCUCAUUAGACAGUGGGAUUGGGAUAACAAUAAGCAGUCAGUCAUCUUAUUCAGGGAGCUACUCUUCGUAUACAGGGAGUCUGGACACAGCUUGCCCAGGUGGGGUAGAGGAGUUUGGCUCCUUGACCAGCCUACCUGCCUCUCCUCCUGCCCCUCCCCUACCUCGUCCUCCGUCUUCUUCUGAGCACAGUUCAACUACCUCCCUCUGCCCAUGUGCAUCCAGAUCUAGCUCAUGUGCAUCCAGGAGAAACAGUGAAGAGUAUCAAACCCCCAGCCUUCUCGGACUGUGGUAUGACACUCCAAGGAGUGUACUCCAAGCUGUCUCUGUGAGGGGCACCACCUCUCAAGUGGACCCAUCUGAGCUGGGCGGGGACAGCAGGGACAGUAGGGAUGGAGGGAGUCGACAGGGACAACAGAUCAGCAACAGUCCUAAAGGACCCAGGGUUCAGCGCCAGGCCAUGAUGCAGUGCUCACACCCCUGGGGCAGUGAGAAGGCGCCCUCUGUAGACAGUGAGGGGUUCACACCUCGACCUCAGUGGAUUGAUGAAGGCUUUGUUUGUGGAGAAACACAGAACCGGGGCAGUCAGGAUUUCGACAACUACGUUACACCAGAGCAGUGGCGAUCAGUGAGGAGCAGAUGUGUGUCUCAGAUUGCCAACAUACCGUUAGGCUUGUCAUCUGCUGCAGAUACUAAAGCAUCUUCUCUCCUCGUCAUAGAAGAACAUGAUAUUGGGAAUGCUGGUGAUAUGUUGCCAGGUCUAAAGAGGUCGCCCCCUCUAAGUCCACCCUCCGCCCCUCCUCCUCUGCCCCUGGCACAAAGCAUACAUUGUCCAACAUCAGCCUUAGGUAUAUUUCAGUCUGCCCAUGAGGCUUCUUCAUCUGUGUCCCUGGACACUGGGCUCCAUAGCAACAGCAGUGUUAAUUACGUUAACAUACCCAUUAGCCCUCUGCCAGCUAAAACUAACAGAGAGCCUCUCUACACAGAGCUGAACCUGCAGGAGCGCAGCCCAGCACCAGUCUUCAGUGCUCACAGUGCCAACAGAGGUCAAUCUUUGCAGCUCUGUAGGCUGUUUAAUUACCCUCCACUAUAAAGGCCAUUUGAGAUUUAAAUAUAUAUUUAAAAUCACGUCUGUACCUCAUUGAGUUUAUUUCAUUUACUUUUCACCAGUUGGUGUAGUGAUUCUUACAAUUGUACAAAUAAAGAAAUAGGACAGAUUAACAAAACACAAUCAGAAUUUGAAUUGCGCUACAGCCUCUUCUAUUACCUCUUAUAAUCCUGUAGGUUAUGCUUCAUGUAUCUGUAUGCUACAUUUAAUGAUGUGAAUGGAUUUUUUAAAAUCUAAUUAAUGUUAUGUAGAUUCAGUUAAGCACACUUGAAUGAAUGGGUAGAAGCUUUUUACUCACUUACAUCAGAUUUAAGUUCUGCUUCAAAGCCUGAUUCAGAGUUAUCACAAUAUUUGGGGCUAACAACCCAGAUUGCAAAAAGUGGCACACAGCAAUAAAGUGUAGAAUUAUGUAUUAAAAUCACAGUGUAUAAAUUAACAAAUUAAAGAAAAAUAUCUGCAAUUGUAUUCAUUUUACAUCACAUAACAUUGAUGGAAGGAUCAGGGGCUGAUAAGUUACUGUAUCUAUCUUCUUGCAUUUGAAGUCGAGGAAACAUGGAGCAAGGAAGAAAAACAAAAGCUUUCUCCAUAACCUUCGUUUGCCUGCCUUUACUAUCAAGGUGUGGGCUCCAUCAAAUACACCCAUCCCAACAUUACUGCCAUGGAGACAGCUCAAGAGAGUUUUGAUUGAGCACUUCAAGAGCAAGGAAGACAGACAGACUCAGACUGAGAGCAGACAGUGUGUGCCAUCAAACUGAUUCUGCAACACCCGACUGGAUGGCACUUCAAACUAUUUUCCAGGGCUUCUUCUCUCUCUCUCUCUCUCUCUCUCUUAAAAUGAAGCUGUUUUUCAUGCCAAUAAACAAUGCACUGAAAAACACCACAGUUGAGCCAGUGUAUAGAAAAUCCCACCAACUAUCCAUUCCACUAGUUGUAAGAAUGAAAGAUGAAAUGUCUUGGAGUAAGCUUCACGGCGGCCAUCAUGGUUUUGCUUUGUGCUAAGUAACAGUGUUUGUAUUUCUUACUGGCUUGUACUCAAAUUGUGCUUUUAACUUGAUGACUUUCAGCUCAGGAGUGUUACGUUUUUGGCUGCAAAGCCCAUAUGGCUGCUGAGUUUGUUAAAAAAAAAGAAAGGGAUAAUCUGACUGUUUUUUAAAUGCUUGAACAUUUGGGAUGAAGAAUUACGACAUAUCGGUGACGAGAAAAAGACAGCAGCUUUGUUUAGUGAGCAAUUGUUAUUUGCUAACAUGAUGUUUCUUUUGAGCUGACUUUCAUCCAAUUCUUAGCAGUGGUUCUAUUCAUCAUUACCUCCCUCAUGAAAGGUCAUAAACUGCUAUUAUUUAAGUUGAAAUGACUGAUCACAGGGUUAAAGCAGAAUUAGAUCACUAUUCACAAAUGUGAUCGAGCCCUACUUAUGACACUUACUUGUUACAAUCAGCUAUAAACGAGUCCCAGAUUGCUUGGCUAUCAUUCCACACCAGAGCUUAAACGCCUUUGAUUAAAAUAAGCAGCUUGGAGUUAUAUCUCAACAAGCAAAUUGGAUUAAUCUAGACCCAUGUGGCCAAAGCAGGACACGACUGAGUAAUCAGCCAGGCAGCAACAUUAAUCAUCAGAGUAAUCAAUGUCUCUGCUUUAACUCUCUGAGAGGGAAAUAGCUACUAAAGGGAAUAGCAUAUAGUGUGUUCUAGUUUCUCGCCAUCUUGUAGUUAUAAUCAGGAGGAACUGUUCAAUCAACAAAAAUAUGUUGAUGGAUAAAGAGAAGAGAAAAACAGCACAAGGAUAUGCUGAUUUUUCUUGUUAAAUUGAACUGCUUAUGACAACUAUAUCAAUGAUAGCAAUAUAUGAUGAGCAUCUAUCACUGUUUGUAAGUUUUUGGCACAAGAAUCUAAAAAAAUAUGUAUGUUGGCACCAUCAUCUAACAAAAUAUUAAAGAUUGAUUUUACAUUU